AUGGCUUCAAUUGAAGACAAGAUUCGCUCUGCCGCAACUCGCAACCAUGAACUACUCGGCGUCUUGUCCGUAACAGACCACGCCAUACCCGACCUUGAGAACCAGACAAAGUACAUCGCCUCCUUGGAAAGCCAGGCAAAACAAAACGCAGCCAAGCUCGCGACUCUGAAGAGCAAGCACGCAGUUGAGCUGAGAGAGCAUGAGAACUACCGUGACAGCGUCGUCCGGCGCUUCGUGUACAAGAUUGGUGGCAAAAAGGACAAAUUCGAGGCUCGCGCCGCCAAAGAAGAGCGCGAAUACUUUGACGUGUUACAAGAAGAGCAUCGCGAGACGGAGGUGAAGAAGAACCUCGAAUCGGCGCUCGCCCAGGCGCGACAAGCGUCAGCUGAACUUGAAGCCGUCGUCCAGCGGCACAAAACUGCACAGCAAGAGCUUGAUAGCCUCUACAACGACAUCUUUUCGGGGCCGACGCCUCAGUUCCCAGAGGAGGACGAGCGGGAGCAGGCUUGCACGUCUGCACAAAUGAACUACCAGGAGGCUCGCAUGCGAGCAGAGAGCCAGAUCCAAGCCAUCAAGAUGCUAGAGCAGGCGAAACAGCGCAUGGGCAAUGCCUUAAAAGCCAUGCAAGAUGCGCUAUCGGCGUCUCGUUUCGACAUGUUUGGCGGCGGUACCAUGGCCGACGUGAUGGAGCGAAAUGCUCUCUCACAGGCAGAAGUUCAGCUCUCCCAGGCCCGCAUGGACACGAUGAACGCACAGCGGAUGGAUCCCGCAAUCAAAGACCUGCCCCCUGUAAAAAUCUCCCACGGCAACUUAGUCGGCGAUGUGCUAUUUGACAACAUCUUCUCAGACAUGGAUUUCCACGACAAGAUCAAGCGGUCGAACGCCGAGGUGGAGCGCUGCUCUAAUGUGCUCAAGCUGGAGAUUCAAAGAGCAAAGGAGAGGCAACAGAGCGCGGAGGCUGCGGUGAAAGAGUGGGAGAGACACCUGAAAGAUGCGCGGGCGGCGCUCCAGACGGCGAGGGAGAUGGCCUUUGAGAGGACGCUCAACGGCGAGAGCGGAGAGUUGCCGCCUGCGUACUCGGUACAGAAGGUGGUUUAA